AUGAAUGCCACCCCGAACUUAGCGCCACAUUCGUACGAAGUGGACGUUUAUCAGGAAGGCCUCCGUGAUAAAAGACCGGCAAUCACCUUCAACGCCUUUGAAUGGGAGAAAUUAGCCAAAGAGCGACUCUCGGCAGAGAGUUUUGGAUAUGUCUGGGGUUCUGCCGGAUCUCGCGAAACCGAUGACAACAACCGGGCAGCCUUUAAGAAAUGGGGAAUUGUGCCCUCCCGUCUGGUGAAAUCCGACUUCCCGAGCUUGAAGACUACCUUGUUCGGUGACGAAUACAAUUAUCCGAUGGCUAUCGCGCCGGUAGGAGUCCAGCAGAUUUUCCACCGGGAAGGUGAGAUCGCAACGGCUUCCGCAGCGCAGCAGGAGAAUGUGACAUAUAUCCUCAGCACUGCAUCUGCGACGAGUAUAGAGGACGUUGCCAAAGCCAACGGUUCCGGGCCCCGCUGGUUCCAGCUCUACUGGCCCCUGAACGACCAGAGCGAUGUUACCCUCAGUCUGCUGAGACGGGCCAAGGCUGCCAACUACAAGGUCCUGGUGGUGACACUCGACACAUACAUCCUGGGAUGGCGACCGUCGGAUCUGGGCAAUGCCUAUAACCCGUUCCUUCGUAAGGACAAUAUCGGGACCGAAAUUGGGUUCUCUGACCCUGUUUUCCGGCGCAAAUUUCAGGAGAAGCAUGACAAGACCAUUGAAGAAGACAUGUCCAAGGCUGCGGCUGAAUGGGCUCACACAAUUUUUCCCGGAACCAGCCAUGGCUGGGAGGAUCUCGGUUUCUUGCGUGAAAACUGGGACGGUCCAAUUGUUCUCAAGGGUAUCCAGACUGUUGAGGAUGCUAAGCUGGCUGUCGAAUAUGGAAUGCAGGGCAUCGUCGUUUCCAACCACGGUGGACGUCAACAGGAUGGUGGCGUCGGCUCGCUAGCCAUGCUCCCGGAGAUUGUCCAUGCCGUCGGAAAAGAUUUGGAGGUCCUCUUCGACUCUGGCAUCCGUUGUGGUGCGGAUGCCGUCAAGGCUCUUGCGCUUGGAGCCAAAAUGGUCCUGCUCGGUCGACCUUACGUGUACGGUCUGGCAAUUGGUGGUGAAGAAGGCGUUCGCCAUGUGCUUCGCAGCGUCCUUGGGGACUUGGAAUUGAACCUUCAUCUGUCCGGGAUCAAAUCAGUGUCGCCUGAGCAUCUGAACAGCUCUGUGUUACGCAGGGUAGCAUAA